UUCAUACAUUUCGUACGAUUUUAUUUUUUUUUACAAUCAUUUUAUUUAAUGGCUCCUACACGUGGUGCACGCUCCUUUAUGCGUGCAUGUAACAAGUCUGCCGGAACCCAAACAGAAACUUGGCGCGACCUGUUCGAAUUGUUAUAUUGCGACGAUGACAUGGACAAUAGCAUAGGGAUUGAAGCUGCUGAGUAUAUCAAUCCCGGCAUCUAUGACGUGUCUCCUUAUCUAUCUCAAGAUAGUGAUUUUAACCAUGUCAAAAGUGCAAAACACACAUUGUAUCGACCGAUUCGCAUGACCCCAGAGCCUAGAUCAAAAAUUCUGCAGUACUUUUCUAUAUUUAUAUCUCUUAUCAUACUCACUCUGUUCAUCUGUUGGCUAUUAGACAUUUAGCAUGUAGCGUAGUGUUUUUCAUACGUUUAUUACACAUAAUUCACGUGUUCACUGAUAACUAAAUUGUUUGUUAGUUAAUUGUUAUUUUUAGCUGCUAUACAAAUAUAAGUUUAAUGCAACGAGGCGUAACUUAGUUU